AUGGUGUGCAUGUGUGCCAAGAUGGUGAGCAUGUGUGCCAAGAUGGUGUGCAUGCCUGCCAAGAUGGUGUGCAUGCCUGCAAAGAUUGUGUGCAUGUGUGCCAAGAUGGUGUGCAUGCCUGCCAAGAUGUUGUGCAUGCGUGCCAAGAUGGUGUGCAUGUGCCAAGAUGCCCGCGGCGGUCGUUACUUGGUUGUUGGCGGGUUCAUGUACAGAGUCAGCAAGAGAAAACGAGACUGGAUAUCUUGGAUAUGUACUGCAAAAGGCUGCAAAUCCACAGCAUCAACAACGAAUGACAUCGUCACCAUGGUGAACGAUGAACACAAUCAUCAAACUGUCACGCGUGAUAUUAAGGCGAAGGAGACGCUAGAAAAGCUGAAGGUGAAGGCAGCUUCGACCCUCCAGCCCAUGCAGUCCCUCUACGAAGAAGGCCUUAUCGACAUGAGAGAUGGAAGUUGGAAUGAUGAGACCAAAGCCACUGGUUGCUGCCAUGCCCACCUUCCGGGUGCCGGAGCACUCUCUACAGAUCCAGGCGAGCGGUGA